CGGAAGCAGGAGGAGAGGAGAGGGGACGUUCUCGGACACAGGACCAACUGGCUUUACCUCCCUGUUUUUCUUCAUGCGUGGACUGGGGAAAAGAUCCAUUCCGUGAGUUAACCCGUCUCUGGCCGCGCCGUAGCUCUAUGUGAAAUUCAGCUGGCAUAUUCUCUCCACCUCCUGCUCCCCACCGUGAUCUUUCCUCGGAUGCAAAAUGGUGGACCCAGUGGGGUUUGUGGAGGCUUGGAAAGCCCAGUUUGCAGACUCCGAGCCUCCCAAGAUGGAGCUGAAAUCUGUGGGAGAUAUCGAGCAGGAACUGGAGAUGUGCAAAGCUUCUAUCCGGAGGCUGGAGAUGGAGGUCAACAAGGAGAGGUUCCGUAUGAUUUACUUGCAGACUCUCUUGGCAAAGGAGAAGAAGAGCUAUGACCGACAGAGAUGGGGGUUCAAGAGGAUUUCCCAGUUGCCUGAAGGGGAUGCAGAGCAGCAAAACCAAGACCCACACCAUCACCAAACCACCGAGCAAGGGGAUCCAGAAAAAAACAAACCCCACCAAGGAGAGGAAAAGUUCAAGCCAAGGAUACCUUCUCUGAGGAACCUGUCUACCCAGAGUGAUGGGUCGGAUUUGUUGCCCUUGGAGAGCUCCCACCAUGGGGAAGGGGAGCAGGACAGGUGUAAAUACUACAGUGAAGAGAAACUGAAGAGAGUGAUGGAAGAUUCGGAGAAUCGCUCUGAUAUGGAUGGAUCUCCUUCAAAACACAGGCCCUCUUCCACCCGCAGGCUGGCAGGCUCCACUGAGAAAGAGGGAUCCUUUGAGCCUCUUGCUAAGGACAAAGGGAACGCCACCAGUGUGGCAGCACUAAGGUCCAACUUUGAGAGGAUUAAAAAAGUUAAUUCACAUUCUUCUGGUGAUAGCAAGGAUGCUUCUGAGAAGCCCUUCUAUGUGAACAUGGAGUACCACCAUGAGAAGGGUUUAGUGAAGGUCAAUGAUAAAGAUGUUUCAGAUAAAAUAAGCUCCCUUGGUAGCCAAGCCAUGCAGAUGGAACGCAAAAAAUCCUUGCACUCCCUCCCUCCUAAUGUGGUACCCAGCUUUAAUGAGUUCCAGAGGCCAGCCCACCGGGGAAGAUCUUCUGAGAGCAGCUUUGGCUAUGAUGGAGAAUAUGAGGAUGCUGAACUGAACCCCAGGUUUCUGAAAGACAACCUAAUAAAUCUCAAUGGGGGCAAUCGACCACCCUGGCAACCAAUGGACUUUCAGCCCUACCAAAGCAUCUAUGUGGGUGGGAUGAUGGGGGAAGGAGAAAGCAAAGGACCUAUACAGCGAAAUCAGAGUGCCUCUGAUCAGGAAAAGCAUCUUACCUGGCCCAGGAGGUCUUAUUCCCCAAGGAGUUUUGAGGACAUUGGGGGAGGGUAUACCCCAGAUUGUAGCUCUAAUGAGAACCUCACAUCCAGUGAGGAAGAUUUCUCUUCAGGGCAAUCUAGUCAUGUUUCCCCCAGCCCCACCACUUACCGGAUGUAUCGGGAGAAAAGCCGUUCUCCAUCCCAAAAUUCUCAACAGUCCUUCGACAGCAGCAGCCCACCAACCCCGCAGUCUCAAAAGCGGCACAGGCAACAGCCAGUCAUCGUGUCUGAAGCCACUAUUGUGGGAGUACGGAGAACAGGACAGAUCUGGCCAAAUGAUGGAGAUAUGCCGUCUGGGAGAGGUCCUCAUGACAGCUGUUUCCAUGGAGAUGCAGAUGCUUCAUUCAGUGGAACGCCACCUAGUUAUGCCUAUGAUGCAGACCGUGCCGAAGAACAGCGGCGACACCAUGACAUGAUGCCCUACAUUGAUGACUCUCCAUCCUCCUCACCCCAUCUCAGUUCCAAGAGUCGGGGCAGCCGAGACACUCUCUCCUCAGAGUCUUUGGAGUCCACAAAAUCAAGUGAGCCAGACUUGGAGAAGGGCUUGGAGAUGAGAAAGUGGGUCUUGUCUGGAAUCCUAGCCAGUGAGGAAACCUACCUGAGCCACCUUGAGGCUCUGCUGCUGCCCAUGAAGCCUUUGAAGGCUGCUGCCACCACUUCUCAGCCUGUACUGAGCAGUCAGCAGAUUGAGACGAUUUUCUUCAAAGUGCCUGAGCUGUAUGAGAUCCACAAAGAGUUCUAUGAUGGGCUCUUUCCCCGAGUCCGGCAGUGGAGUCACCAGCAGCGUGUUGGCGACCUCUUCCAAAAACUGGCCAGCCAGCUGGGAGUGUACAGGGCCUUCGUGGAUAACUAUGAGGUUGCCAUGGAGAUGGCAGAGAAAUGCUGCCAGGCCAAUGCUCAGUUUGCUGAAAUCUCCGAGAAUCUCAAGGCCAGAAAUACAAAGGACUCAAAAGAUCAGACAACCAAAAACUCCUUGGAAACUCUGCUGUACAAGCCAGUCGAUCGAGUGACACGCAGCACACUUGUUCUUCAUGAUUUACUGAAACACACUCCAGCAAGCCACCCCGACCACCCACUCCUGCUGGAUGCUCUGCGCAUCUCUCAGAACUUCUUGUCCAGUAUCAACGAGGAGAUCACACCCCGCAGACAAUCUAUGACUGUCAAGAAGGGAGAGCACCGGCAGCUCUUGAAGGACAGUUUUAUGGUGGAGCUGGUAGAGGGGGCUCGGAAACUGCGCCACGUCUUUCUUUUUACUGACCUGUUCCUGUGCGCCAAGCUCAAGAAGCAGCUUGGAGGGAAAAGCCAGCAGUAUGAUUGUAAAUGGUACAUUCCGCUCACAGACCUCAGCUUCCAAACUGUGGAUGAGUCCGAGGCAGUGCCUAACAUCCCACUCGUGGCUGACGAGGAGCUGGAUGCUAUGAAGAUCAAGAUCUCCCAGAUGAAGAAUGACAUCCAGCGAGAAAAGAGGGCUAACAAGGGCAGCAAGGUCAUUGAGAGGUUGAAAAAGAAGCUGUCUGAGCAGGAAUCUCUGCUGUUGCUGAUGUCUCCCAACAUGGCUUUCCGGGUUCACAACCGGAAUGGCAAGAGUUACACAUUCCUCAUCUCGUCGGACUACGAACGGGCAGAGUGGAGAGAGAACAUCCGGGAGCAGCAGAAGAAAUGCUUUAAAAGCUUUUCACUCACGUCCGUGGAGCUCCAGAUGCUGACAAACUCCUGCGUCAAGCUUCAGACCGUCCACAACAUCCCCCUCACCAUCAAUAAAGAAGAUGACGAAUCGCCCGGGCUCUAUGGAUUCCUGAACGUCAUUGUUCAUUCUGCUACGGGGUUCAAGCAGAGCACAAACCUGUACUGCACAUUGGAGGUGGAUUCCUUUGGAUAUUUUGUGAACAAAGCUAAAACCAGAGUGUACAGGGACACUACGGAGCCCAAUUGGAAUGAGGAGUUUGAGAUUGAGCUGGAGGGAUCGCAGACCCUACGGAUUUUGUGCUAUGAAAAAUGCUACAAUAAAACCAAGCUCACCAAAGAAGAUGGAGAGAUCACAGAUCGAAUCAUGGGGAAAGGCCAGAUCCAGCUGGAUCCGCAGGUGUUACAGGAUAAAGAUUGGCAACGCUCAGUCAUCUUAAUGAAUGGAGUUGAAGUGAAGCUGUCACUGAAAUUUACCAGCCGGGAGUUUAGUCUGAAAAGAAUGCCAUCUCGUAAACAGACUGGGGUCUUUGGAGUCAAGAUUGCCAUUGUCACCAAGAGAGAGAGAUCAAAGGUGCCUUACAUUGUUCGCCAGUGUGUGGAGGAGAUAGAGCGACGUGGGAUGGAGGAGGUGGGCAUCUACCGUGUCUCUGGGGUUGCAACUGAUAUCCAAGCUUUGAAAGCUGCUUUUGAUGUCAACAACAAAGAUGUGUCCGUGAUGAUGAGCGAGAUGGAUGUUAAUGCCAUUGCAGGGACAUUAAAAUUAUACUUCAGAGAACUGCCUGAACCCCUCUUCACAGAUGAACUGUACCCCAACUUUGCUGAGGGCAUUGCACUUUCAGACCCUGUUGCAAAGGAAAGCUGCAUGCUGAACUUACUGCUCUCACUUCCAGAACCCAACCUCGUGACAUUCCUUUUCCUUCUGGACCAUUUAAAAAGGGUUGCCGAGAGAGAAAGCAUCAACAAGAUGUCCCUGCACAACCUGGCAACUGUCUUUGGACCAACGCUGCUCAGACCCUCAGAGAAGGACAGUAAGAUUCCUGCUAACCCAACCCAACCUAUAACAAUGACUGAUAGCUGGUCACUAGAAGUCAUGUCCCAGGUUCAAGUUCUUCUUUACUUCCUGCAGUUGGAGACUAUCCCCACCCCAGACAGCAAAAGGCAAAGCAUCCUCUUUUCCACAGAGGUGUAGGAGUCUGGUCACAACAAGGGGGCUUGUACAACUGUUCUUGGUGUGAACCUGCCACUCUGAGAACAGGAGAACUGUUUCUUCUUCAGACAUUACUGGCCUAUUCCUGUCAUGAGGAAGCAUAGCCUUCAGUGCUUCUGCUGUUUGUCAAACAGAGCUAAACUGAAGAAUAAGGAGAAACUCCCUCUAGUUUUGAUCCGUAGAAUAGGGAAGAAUUGGACUGGACAAGGAGCUGUACUGAAAGGCUCCACUAGAAGGAGCAACAGACACUUUUAACAAAUGCAACACAGAGUGCAGUUGUUGCUCUUGGGAAGGUGAGAAGGUAUUCCUCAUUUUUAUGGAUGAAAUUUAUCAUCAAGAAGCUUCAAGCUUUCUACAUGAACACUUGUCAGAAUGCCCUUCUGGGGUGAAAGGGGAAUUAAAGGCUAUAUCACUAAUGUGUCUUUAAUAACUGCUGUUUUAAAGUACUGUUCUGGGCCACAGAGAAUAGUAUCAUUCAGCAAGGAGAUCUUUGAUUCCUCCACUGAGAAAUUCAAGUCUUGAUUUGAACAGGGUUUUUAAAAAAUAAACUAGAAGUUUUGUGUACAACUGGACCUGUUGUUUUUUUGUCUCUCUCCUACCCCUUCCCUUGUAAAUGUUUGUACAAACUCUAGGAAAGGGGUUAUCCUUUUCUUGUCUCUUUGUUGCACUUCUGACCUUUUCUUUUGGUGUCAAAGGAGCCAGACCCACUUGCAUUAUACAACAGAUAAGUACAGUACAUGAAAGAAAAGCAGGGAGAACUAGGCUGAGCACUUUAAUUCCAUUAACAAACAAGCUCACUUAGUUGUUUAUAACGCAGAGGCAGUGUUGUCCAAAAUUGGUUGCUAAAUUCUUUGGGACCUUCGAAAUUGAAUGGAAACUCCUUGCUCUCCACACAAACAGAUGUUAAUACCUGUGCUAAAAUAAGCACUACAAACGUGUACUGAAGUAUCUUCAAGCGUCUGGGGACAAAAAAUCAACAGCUGUCUUUCUUGCUGGCUGCUUAAUCGAAACUUUUAUCAAAAUGACAUUUUUGAUACUUGAAUUUUUUGAAGCUUUGUAUGUUGCUUCUACAAGAGUCUUUUUCUGAUAGAUACAAAUACUUUGAUAGGCUAUGUCACAAUGUACUGUAUGGACAAUCUGCUAACAGAUAGCAUUUUGUAUUCUUCAGAAAUUUCAACCCUGUUGGAAUUAAGAGCAGUGCAGAAAUUUCUAUAAAGCUACACAUAGCAGUACACCAGGUAGGACCUAAUACCCACUCCACUUACACCUGUCCAACCAAACUGAUGUCAGUAGAGUUCCAUGGGUGUAAGUGGGAGCAGUAUUUGCCUUGGGAAUUGUAAGUAUAAGCUAACUGCAUGGUCUCAUGACCAGAGGAGGCUAUUCAGGUCAUGAAACAGAUGUGCCAAGCAUCUGGGGAGAGGUUUCAGCUGCAUCAGAGUCUCCCUUAGCCUGUACUACCCACCUCAUUAUGCAGUAUCCACUUUAGUUCCAAGCAUCCAUCAACACCCUGGCUUGAAGAAAAGGGCAGUCUGAAGACAAGAGAAAGAAGGGGGAGAAAAGCAAAUUUUACAAUUAACGACCCACGUCGCUGAAUCAUAAGCAGUUGGGGGGGGGGGGGCGGAAUACUAAAGAGAAAAAACAAAUCGUUAUGCCGAAUUUUCCGAAGGAUUCAGAACUCUCCGCUCAGAUAAAUAAGAAGAAUCUUCCAAAUGAGAGGGAGAAAAAAAGAAAGUAAAAAUAAAAAAAAAAGGGAAACUAUUUAGCAGUCAACAUAAUUGACUGCUGCAUAAUAGAUGUCGUACUGUGAAGUGGGAAAUUCAAAAGAAAAAUAUAAAUUAUUUCGAUUUUGUGAGUAUCUCAGCAUUUUGCAUGCUAUUAUAAGAAUUCUUAUAGGCAUUUACUAUUUAGCACCCCUCUUUUCUUAGGUCUGGAAGCAAAUCUCUGUGUGUUGUAAUGUACAACUAGAAAAUCUCUCGACUGUAUUUUCGCUACAUUCCAGCUUCUAAACCCCCUUGCUAUUUGAACCCCUGAGACAGAAAAGUGUGUGUAUUAGGAGGUGCUUGCAGGGGGAGGGUGAAGGGAAACAAAAACUUGGUUUAAAAAUGGGUUGUUUGUUUUUAUUUUUUUAAUUUUUGGCCUUUUAUAAAACUAAAGGUAAAAACUAGGCAAUCCUAAAAGAUACUGUCUCAAGAAAAGGUUACAGACCAGUAACACACCCCAUAGUUUUCUGCUUUUAUGUACUUGUUUUUGUUUUUAAAUAGCAGCUCUGUAACAGUCCUCUUAGUCAGCUGCACAACCACCCACUCCUUUACAAAAUUCAAAUGUUUGAUAUUUUUGAGGCAUCAGCACUGCAGGUUUUUCUAGUUCAAAAAUUCUACUCCAAUCACUGGUGAUCAUUUACCCCUUUUGGUGUUUGUAAUCUGUGGGUGCAGUUUGCAGUGUUUAAACUGGAAAGCAAUACCAUAAUGACUGUGCCAAUUUACUUUUGCCUGACUUUAUUUUUAUUUAUAUAGGAAGUAUAAUUUUAAGUUACCAAUUUAUAUUGUGUAACAAUAAGAAAAUUGCUUCUGCUUUGGUUACUGUUACAGGUUGUUGCUUUUAGUUUUUCAGUACAAUACAAUGCUUGAUUCUGCUGUAACACUAUCUAACAUGCAGGCAUGUGGAUGAGAAGAAUUUUUGUAGUUAAUUUAACGUAACACACAAAGUAUUUCAGUUGAGUAUGAGUGUACGUUUUCCCCAAAGCUGGUAAUUUUGGGCUGGAGAAAUAGCACAUCCUAUGAUGAGGGUGAGACCGUUGAUUUAUUUGAACUGUGAGAAUUGAGUAGUUGAGCUUCCCCUAGCGUUGUAAGCUUUACAAAUGGCCUGUGCUUUGAGAAAUUCAGAAUUCACAAAAGGAUUAUGUCCUCUGCCUAGUGAUCGAUUAAGAUUCUUAAGCCACACUAAACAAAAAGUGAUGGGCACCACCUAGCUUGGGCCAAAAUCCAGUCUGUGUAUCACCAUUUGUUUU